GUCAGAUUAAAAUUGGUAAAACCACGUCACACAUGGAGACAACUUGUUAGUUCAUUCUCCACUCAACUCAAGUAAAGUGGCUUAGCCUCAUUAUUCAUUAUUCAUGCCAAUCACAUAAUACGAACAACAGAGUACUCUGUCUUCUCUUCCUCUUCUUCUUUACACUUACCUACAAAAAGUGCCCAAAUAAAUGAAGAAAAUGUGUUUAUUAUCAUAUCCUUUAGCUCUCCAAAUGAUGUUAGCUAGUGUUUGGUUCCUCAUAUUAAGUACAUUGAUGAAUUUGGAGGAAUUUAGUGUGAAUGCUGGAAAGCCGGCGCCGGUGCAGGUAGGGAACAUCAGCACGGUGGAUGAUGCAGUGAAUUUCAAGAUGUAUUAUGGCCAGACUUUCAAAGUCAUCAAAAAUGGUAUUGAUGGAAAAAGUUAUCUUCUUAUCCAGAAUAACUCAAAGAUGGCGGGGAGGACAAAGUACUGCACAAAUCGGAUGAAAUCAUUCGUCAUCCCAUUGUCGAAUUACUCGCUUGAUAGUGAUACUUUUCCAGGCAUCCCAGUUUCUUUCCUUGAGCUUCUAGGUUUGCUUGGGACUUGUAAGGGUAUCACUUCAAAUGAAAUGGCAUCUCAGUGUUUAUUGAAGUUAUAUGAUGGAGGGGAACUUACAAUUGUAAACAAGAGUGAAACAGAACAACUUUCUCAGUUUUCGGCUUACUUUACGAGUUCCACAGACCAACCACCAGCCUGCAAUAUUGCUACUUUUUUACCAGCAUCUGAAGAUUACCCUCUUCAGCGUGCAGAGUGGAUCAAAUAUAUUGCCAUGUUCGCAAACUUGGAAUUCAGAGCAAACUCAGUGUAUAAUGCGGUUAAACAAAAUUAUAUGUGCUUGGCAAAGAUGUCGAUAAGCAGAAAUUCGUCGUUCAAACCUGUUGUUGCUUGGAUGCGUUAUGAAGAUGGUACAUGGUCCUUCACAACAGAAGCCUACAAAAUAAAGUUUGUGCAAGAUGCGGGUGGAGAAAAUGUAGAUGAAUCCAUCAACAGCAUGACCUAUAACAUAUCAAUUCCUGAUGACCUAGAUCAACUUCAUGCUAUCUUAUGUUCGGUGGAUGCAGUGAUAGAUGAAACAUACACAACUGAUCCAAUUGCAUACAACAUGACUACAUUCCUCCAAAAUGUUGGAGUUGAGGAUCAAUCUUGCUUUGCUUUCUUAACAAACCAAAGCAUUUGGAGAUAUGACAAAAGAAUGCAGAAUAACGCUUCACUUGAUUGGUACGAUGGUGCUGUGUCUCAACCUCAACUAGUAUUAGCAGACUUGAUGGAAGCAAUCUUUCCCACAGGAAAUUACACAACAACUUAUUUAAGGAACAUUGCUAAGGGAGAACUGAUUGCUGACAUUGCGAGCUACGACAAUUGCAAUAGCGAUCCCUUUAGUCCUUUGGAGCCAACAAUCAUACCUUGUCAAUAAUACUCUUUUUGCAUCUCUUCAAUUUUGAUUUUUGAGUUAGAAUAUUUCCCCCUUGUAUUAUUGUUAGGUCCAACUUAGGAUAAGCGUUACGUAAUGACUUACUAGAUAUAUAUAUUCAUGUCUUUAAAUUUUAAAAUAAAUAAAUUAUUAAGAGGUUUAGCCCAAUUGAAGCAAGCCCAUUCUCACUUAA